AUGGCGGACCUGAAGAAUCUGUCUUCGGAGAAGAAACUGGAUAUGAGCUUGGACGAGCUCAUCGCACAGACGAAUGCGAGCAAGGGUCCACAGAGACGCAACAACUCGGGCAACGCUCAACAGUCGCAACAGCAAGGAAGAAAGAACUUCCACGGAAACAACCAGCGACAGGGCCCGUACUCCCGGUCGUUUGGAUCCAACUACAGAGAUGCUGUCGGGCGCGACUACCUCUUGGAAGGUUCUGGGGGCGGCUACAAGUCUGGCGGAGCCCAGGGGCCGCGUCAGGGCGGGAUGAAUCAUUUCGUACCGCACGUCUAUACAGUAAAAGUGAAGAAUCUCCCUCUCGAUGUUCCUGAGAAGGAACUGGAGAAUCUCCUUCGUCGCCACUUCGGCGUCUGCGGGAAUGUCGUUCGCAUCAUCUUCCGACAGAAAAACCCCGGCGAAGCCUACGUCGGUUUCUCGGAGUCCUCGUCGUGCUCGAAAGCUUUGGCGGAGCUCCAGAACAGUAAACUGAAGGGCCAUGUCCUGACCAUCGAGAAGGUGAGGCUGCGAUCCUGCAGUCCUCCCACCCUGAGGGCCCCGAUUCUCGUUGAAGUAUUAAUGUAUGGCAUCGACUCUGUGUUCAGUACCCGCGACCCGUGGGUGCUAACGGCGCGGAGGCCGCUGCAUGGGUCAGCCGACCGGCCCAGCGCCCCCGCGGGCCGGAGGGGACUUCGGGCGUCGCGGCGGCCAGGGUGGCGUGCGCCUGGGCAACGCAGGCGGCCUCCUGCCUUUCCACGGCGGCGCCUACGUCUCCGCGGUCCCGACCUACCUGCGCGGCGGCGCACCCUCGGGGCUUCUGGGGCACUGCCCCCAACUCUCGCAUACGCUCCGGGCCGCGGGGCUGCGGACCCGGCCUUCAGCAACGGCGCCACCGAGUACUACGCAGAUUCCCGAGGUGCCGUCGCCCCUGUAGGGUCUCCCGUCGCCUAUGGGGGGGGCUCGCACGGCGGCGCGUCGCUCGUCGGAAAGCAGGCCCAAACGCAGGCCGGCUCAACAAUCAUCAUCUCGAAUGUCCCGUGCGACUUGACGGCUCAGGAACUGCAAGACGCGUUUUCGGUUGUCGGCGCAGUUCUGCGGACUGAGCUGCUUCUGAACGCCGCGGGAGCUCCCACCGGGCGAGUGGCCCUGACUUUCGAGAGUCGCCACGCGGCCCUUGAGGCCGUUCGCCGGUUCGAUGGCGGCGACCUGAAUGCCCACACGAUUCGAGUAUUUCUCGAGUAA